UCAUAGUUUCCGUGGGCGCCAGUACAAGUCGAUGUUUCAUUGUGUUAUAUCGUGGUUUAUAAAUACGGAAGUCUGUGAGUUAAGUGUUUUAUUAUUUUGUAUACCGUUUAAAAACAUAAGCAUAAAAGUACAUGAUAUUAUUUUCUUAUAAGGUUGUCGGGUUCUCGCUCAAAGGCUGGCAGGUUCUGCUCGAGAGCGGCCAUGGCUGAGGUGGAGUUCAAAAUCAAUGGAGUCACACACAAAAUCUCCGGCGCGUACGGGCCGGAUGUGUCCCUGAACGAGUACAUCCGGUCGGUGCUGGACCUGCGCGGCACCAAGGCCAUGUGCCAGGAGGGCGGCUGCGGCGCCUGCGUCGUGGCGGUGGCGGCGCGGGACGCGGGCGAGCGCCGGGUCAUGGCGGUCAACUCCUGCCUAGUGUCCGUGUUAUCCUGCCACGGCUGGGAGGUGACCACGGUGGAGGGUCUAGGCAACCGCACUGACGGCUACCACGCCAUCCAGCAGAGACUGGCCAACUUCAACGGAACCCAGUGCGGGUAUUGUACCCCUGGAUGGGUCAUGAACAUGUAUAGCUUGUACGAAUCCAAGAAAGGGAAGCUAACAACAACAGAAAUCGAGAACUCCUUUGCCGGAAACCUCUGCCGCUGCACCGGCUACCGACCCAUCGCCGAUGCCUUCAAGACCUUCGCCACUGAUGCGGACCAGCGCCUGCUAGAUAAGGUCUGCGAUCUAGAAGACCUGGGCAUGUUCAAGGCAUGUGGAGUCAAAUGCUCCUACGGAAACUGCAAGCAUAAAGCCGAAAAGAAAACUGAUGCACUAGUCGGCAAGCUAAAUUUCAACAAGACACUUCCAGAACAAGAUGAGAAAGAAGAUUGGUGCGUUCUGGAGAAGAGUGAUAAUAAAAUGAUAGAGAUUGAUUGCGGAACGCACAAGUGGUUCAAAGCGUUUUCGUUGGCUGAUGUUUUUAAAGCCAUGGGUGAUGGUUCGGACUAUAAGUUGAUUGCAGGGAACACUGGGCAGGGUGUAUACCACGUCACGGAUUACCCACAAAGAGUGAUCGACAUAUCAAACGUGCAGGAAAUUAAAGGACAUUCGAUAGACGUGAACUUAAUAUUGGGAGGAGGUAUGGCUCUUUCUGACAUGAUGGAGCUUUUCAAGAAAUUGUCCGAAGAAAACGAAGACUUCUCGUACCUGAAGCAGUUUUAUGACCACAUGGAUUUGGUGGCGCAUGUUCCUGUGAGGAAUAUUGGUACGAUCGCCGGGAACCUGUGUCUGAAACACUCGCACAACGAGUUUCAGUCAGAUUUAUUCUUAUUGCUGGAAACUGUCCGCGCGAUGAUCACCGUAGCUAACGGCGAGCAUAGACAAAAGACGAUAUCAAUGAUGGAUUUUCUAAACACUGACAUGAGGGGUGUUAUUAUUAUAAACGUCAUGCUGCCGCCACUGUCGCAUUGCUGUGCAGUGAGAACUUACAAGAUAAUGCCGCGAUCGCAAAACUCGCAUGCGGCAGUCAACGCUGGCUUCCUCUUCAAGUUCAACCAACAAACCAACUUAAUAGAACGAGCCAGCAUAGUCUUUGGCUCCAUCCACCCUAAGUUCAACCACGCGGUGAAAACCGAAGCAGCUUUAGUUGGCAAAGACUUAUAUACCGAUGCAACGUUGCAACUAGCGUUGAAGACUUUGAGUGAAGAGUUGGAUCCAGAAGAAGCUCCGCCUGAGCCUUCAGCUGAAUACAGGAAGAUGCUGGCCAUUGCGUUGUUUUAUAAGGCAAUCCUCUACCUCUGCCCAGACGACAGACUAGACAAGCGGUACAGAUCAGGAGGAGAUGUCAUCAAACGAGCCACCUCACAAGGAACCCAAUCAUUUGACACAGACAAAUCUGUAUGGCCGUUGACGCAACCAAUACCCAAGAUAGAAGCCUUAGUACAGUGUGCCGGAGAAUCGGUGUUUGCUAAUGAUAUGAAAACUGAUGUCAAUGAAGUUUUUGCAGCCUUCGUGACAGCUGAUGUACCUUCUGGAAGUGUUAUUGAAGGUUUUGAUACAACUGAGGCUCUUAAACUUCCAGGUGUCGUAGCAUUUUACUCGGCCAAAGAUAUACCCGGCAAAAACUCGUUUAUGCCAACCAAAGUCCCACUCGUCUCCGAAGACGAAGAGAUACUUUGCUCGAGCAAGGUUCUAUUCUUUGGUCAGCCAGCUGGUAUUAUAGUAGCUUCGAGAGAUAAAAUCGCAAUAAAAGCUGCUACUUUGGUUAAAAUCAAAUACGCAUCAAUCAGCAAGAAGAAGCCUCUAAUCUACAUUGAUGAUGUACUAAAUUCACCGGAGAGAGAGAGUAGAGUAACAAUAGACGCGACAAUUAAACCUGAAGAAGAAGGUCAUGAUGUAAAUUGUGUGGUCUACGGUGAUUACAAGGUUGAGUCCCAGUAUCAUUAUACGAUGGAAACUCAGACUUGUGUCACUAGACAUACAGAGGAUGGAUUAGAAGUCUAUGCGGCUACUCAGUGGCUGGAUGCUUGUAAUAUUGCCAUUGCAGAGUGUUUGAAAAUUCCCGUGAACAGCAUAAACGUAAUAGUCCGGCGGGUGGGCGGCGGCUACGGCGGCAAGAUCAGCCGCGCGGCGCAGGUCGCGUGCGCGUCGGCGCUGGCGGCGCGGCUGCAGGGCAGGACCUGCCGCUUUGUGCUGCCACUCAUGACGAACAUGAAGUGCAUUGGGAAACGGUGCUCGGCUUGCUAUAAGUUUGAGGCCGGCGUAAACAAAGACGGCGAGAUCCAGUACCUCAAAAACUGGUUCUACCAAGACCUGGGCGCGUCCAAGAACGAGGCCAUCAACCAGAUGACCAUCCACCACUUCUACAGCUGCUACAACCGCAAGAGGUGGUUCGUCGAGGCAGGUAGCGCCUUCACCGACACUCCUUCUACCACUUGGUGUAGGGCUCCAGGUUCCGCCGAAGGGAUAGCUAUGAUUGAAUACGCUAUGGAAAGAAUAGCAUACAAUCUCAAAUUAGACCCGAUGGAAGUACGACUCAAAAAUAUGGCCAAAGAAAAUAAUCCUCUACCUGAUAUAAUUGACCAAUUGAAACGAGACUCGGACUACGAAGACAGAAUGGAGAAUGUCAAAACAUUUAAUGAAAACAAUAGAUGGAGGAAACGUGCAAUGAAGAUACUUCCGAUGACUUACAAUCUAUUUUACUUCGGAAACUUUAAUUCAUUGAUAUCCAUAUACCACCGUGAUGGGACCAUAACGAUCACUCAUGGAGGAGUGGAAAUGGGUCAAGGAAUGAACACAAAAGUGGCUCAAGUCUGCGCAUACAUGCUGGGAGCACCGCUUGAGAAAAUAAGCAUCAAACCUACCAGUUCAUUCACCUCUCCCAACGCCAUGGUAACGGGAGGAAGCGUAGGCAGUGAAAGCGUAUCAUAUGCGACAAUUAAAGCGUGUGAGAUUCUCCUCAAAAGAAUGGAACCCUUUAAAUCCAAAGUGACUAAACUCUCAUGGGAAGAAAUGGUAGAGAAAAUGUAUCUGGCCGGAAUAGAUUUGCAGGCGUCUUACAUGUAUUCUAUGAACGAUGGGCUGAAAGGCUACGACAUAUAUGCAGCUGCUAUUCUUGAAAUCGAAGUCGAUAUCUUGACGGGGAAUCAUGACGUAAGAAGAGUAGAUAUAGUCGAAGACACAGGGAAAAGUUUGAGUCCUGAAAUCGAUAUUGGACAGAUAGAAGGAGCGUUCGUGAUGGGUCUGGGCUACUGGACGUCGGAGAAGCUGGUGUACGACCGCAGCAGUGGGGAACUGCUGACCACCAGGACCUGGAACUACAAGCCUCCAGGACUGAAGGAUAUCCCCGCAGACAUGAGGAUACACUUCCGAAGGAACUCCAGCAAUCCCAGUGGGGUUCUCAAUUCUAAAGCGACAGGCGAGCCAGCGCUGUGCCUGGCGGUGGUGGUGACCCACGCCCUGCGCGAGGCGGUGCGAGCGGCGCGGCUCGAGGCCGGAUAUGAUGACCAGUGGGUCGAUAUACCCAACCCGUGUACUAUGGAAAACAUCUUCUUGGCGGUCGGACACAAGAUAGAACAUUUCAAGCUGAACAUACCUAAGCAUAAUUUAAUUUAUUCAAGACAAUUCAGUGCCAUGCGAGCGCCCACACCACGUCACAUGAAGCUACCGAAGCAUCUCAAGUUCGCGGCGGGCGCGGGCGGCGCCUUCCUGUUCGGGAUCCUAUUCGGAUGGGUCAUGUUCCCAGCGAUACUGAAGGGGCAACUGAAGAAGGAAAUGGCCCUUUCAAAGAAGACGGAUGUACGCAAGAUGUGGGAAACUAUACCCUUUGCCCUCAACUUUAAGGUCUACCUUUACAACUACACCAAUCCUGAAGAAGUUCAGAAGGGAGGCGUGCCCAUCAUCAAGGAAGUCGGUCCCUAUCAUUUCGAUGAAUGGAAGGAGAAGGUCGAGAUCGAGGACCACGAGGAGGACGACACCAUCACGUACAAGAAGCGGGACACCUUCUACUUCAACCAAGAGAAGUCGGGCCCUGGGCUGACGGGGGAAGAGGUCAUCACCAUGCCACACGUCUUCAUGCUGGCAAUGGCCACAGUGGUCUCCCGAGAGAAGCCGGCCAUGAUGAACAUGAUCGGGAAGGCCAUCAACGGGAUCUUCGACAACCCCGCCGAUGUCUUCAUCAGGGUCAAGGCUCUGGACAUCAUGUUCCGAGGCACCAUGAUCAAUUGCGCCAGGACCGAGUUUGCUCCGAAGGCUGUGUGCACGGCGCUGAAGAAGGAAGCUGUUAAUGGACUUGUGAUGGAGCCUAAUAAUCAGUUUAGGUUCUCUUUGUUUGGGUCGCGCAACGGCACCAUCGACCCGCACGUGGUGACGGUGAAGCGCGGCAUCAAGAACGUUAUGGACGUGGGCCAGGUGGUGGCCAUCGACGGCAAGCCGCAACAAGACGUGUGGCGGGACCACUGCAACGAGUACCAGGGCACCGACGGGACCGUGUUCCCGCCUUUCCUGACCGAACAUGAUCGGCUGCAGUCGUUUUCUGGAGAUCUGUGCAGGUCCUUCAAACCGUGGUACCAAAAGAAGUCCUUCUACCGAGGCAUAACCACCCACCGCUACAUCGCCAACAUCGGGGACUUCGCCAACGACCCUGAGCUGAACUGCUUCUGCGACGGACCCUGCCCUCCGAAGGGUCUGAUGGACCUGAUGAAGUGCAUGAAGGCUCCCAUGUACGCGUCCAUGCCACAUUUCCUGGAUAGUGAUCCGGAGCUACUGAAGAAUGUCAAAGGACUGAACCCUGAUGUAAAUGAGCAUGGCAUUGAGAUUGAUUUUGAACCGAUCAGUGGAACCCCGAUGGUGGCCAACCAGCGCGUGCAAUUCAACAUGCAGCUGUUAAAGCACGACAAGGUGGAACUCCUCAACAAUCUACCCGACACCAUCGUGCCACUGUUCUGGAUCGAUGAAGGUCUCGCCUUAAACAAGACCUUCGUGAAUAUGCUGAAGUUCCAGCUGUUCUACCCGAAGAAGGCGGUGGGGGUGAUCAAGUGGCUGCUGGUCACGUUCGGGGGAUUCGGUCUCAUCGGAUGCACCAUCUACCACUACAAAGACCGCAUAAUGAGUUUCGCAUCCAGCCCCGGCUCUGCAGCAGUGACGAAGGUCAAGCCUGAAGAAGUGGAACAGAAGGAUGUCAGCGUCAUCGGACAACCCCAGGAGCCGGCCAAAAUCAACAUGUAAUCGAUUGUUCGGCGACUCCUCAAGGUCUAUGUUGUUUGGAGUCGCCAGGCCAGAGUGGGGUAUACUGGGGUGGCGACCAAGUUUUUUGUUUACACUGUAAGGAAGGCUCGGCAAAGGAUGUGAAUGUGAGACUGAUAGCUGAGUGGGUAUUAUUUAUGAGCGUAGGUCAAUCUUAUUUUCGAUUCGAAGUCCUGGAUGCGUCAUAACAUAAUUUUUCAUAUUAGUAGGUUGCUUGUUAGUUAAAUAAAAUUUGAUUAAUUU